AUGACGAUUCUAACUCUAGCUCAGUUCAUCGAGCUUGCUGGACUAUCUAGUAUCCUUUACAUCAUUUCACUUGCCAUUUAUCGUCUCUACUUUCAUCCUCUCGCAGGAUUUCCAGGACCAAAGCUCGCUGCUGCCACUCAGCUGUACGAGCUCUAUUUCGAUCUCUUCAAACGCGGACAGUUCAUCUGGGAACUUCAACGUAUGCACAAGCAGUACGGCCCAAUCAUCCGUAUCAAUCCAGAUGAACUCCACAUCAAUGAUCCCGAAUACUACGAUACCAUUUACUCGGGUGCCAGCCACAAACGCGACAGAUACGAAAAGUGGCAGACGGUGUCCGGUACAACGCAGAGCGUGUUUGGAACCACGGAACACGACCUUCAUCGGCCAAGGCGCGCCGCCUUGAACCCAUUCUUCGCGAAACGAUCUGUUGUCCGCCUUGAGCCCCGCAUCACCAACAAGGUUUCCGUGCUAUGUGAAAGGCUUGCUCAAGCACUAAAUGAAGGCACGAUCCUUGAGCUUUGUGCUGUGUUCGUGGCGCUGACAACCGAUGUGAUUUCUGACUACUGCUUCGGAGAAAGCUACGAGUAUCUACUCCAACGAGACUUCAAGAAGGAUUGGAAGGAGACCAUGGAAACGCUAGCCGAGGGUGGUGUCUUCCGACGUACAGUACCCUGGCUGGUCCGUUUAAUGCAGCGUCUGCCGCACGCCUCCGUCCUUAGGCUCAUGCCAACCAUGAAGCUGCUGAUCGACUUGGAGAAGGACAUCUCCAGGAAAGUCGAGGCCAUUAUGUCAAGAACCUGCAGUGCAGAAGACAAAGAAACCCGGCUAACAGAGGAAGGCAUCAUACUGAUUGGUGCCGGGAGCGAGACGACGGGGAAGGCGCUGGCGUACACGACGUUUUACAUUCUCGAUACUCCAGGCGUCCUCCAAAAGCUGAGAGAUGAGCUUACGAAUGCGACACCGCACAGCACGGACAUUCCAACUUGGACUGAGCUAGAAAAGCUUCCAUAUCUGACCGGAGUGGUCAUGGAAGGGUUGCGGUUGUCGUUCGGCCUUACUACCCGGCUGCCAAGAGUCCCUCAUGAAGCCCUUAUUUACGGCGACUGGGUCAUUCCUCCUCGGACUGUUGUCAGCUCAACCACGUUCUUCAUCUCCACGAACCCUGACAUCUUCCCCAAACCCUUCGCGUUUAAGCCUGAGCGGUGGGUGCGGAAGGAUGAGCGACAUAGGCUGAAUAAGUACAUCACGAACUUUAGUAAAGGAACAAGAGCUUGUUUAGGGAUCAAUCUGUCCUAUGCGGAAUUGUACCUGACGAUCGCAGCGGUGUUUAGAAGGUUCGACUUUGAGUUGUAUGAGACGACUGUGGACGAUGUGCGGAUGGUGAGAGAUGCGACGUUCCCAGCGCCCAAGGCCGACUCGCAGGGUGUUAGGGUCAUAGUCAAGCGCGAGGUCGAGGUUUAAGGCGCUAUAGAAUUCAGGUCCUUUAUGCUGCAAGCGGUGAGAGUUACAAUUCUUCCUAUUUCCUUUCCAGCAUGGACUCCCCUGCAUGUAAUAUGUUUUCUUUAGCGU